AUGGAUUCUCUGGUUCCCAGGAAGGCUGCUUUUCUGUUCAUCGUCAUCGUCUAUGCGUCGUCGAUUUCUGCGUCUUUCGCAGGUCUGUAAAACCCAAACUUUGUCUCCUUUGUCAGAGGUAAUCUUGGAUUCACUCGCGCGGAUGGCUGCAGUAUGAUUUAAUUUUUUUUUGCUUGGUUCUUCGCUUGGGAAGACGGAGCAAACUUACCAAUGAGAAACAAGGAAUUGCUUGUGUCUUCUUUGAGCAAGAUUUUUUUUUAUUUGAUAUUUUACGUAAUUAUUCAUUCCUUCUCGUCAUGAAUGAAAAUAUGGCAUUCAUUGGUCAUUGAUAAAUAUCAAUGCACAGAGAGAGAGAGGGAGAGACCAAAAAUAGAGCCGUCAGACCUGAAAACACAAAGAAAAAUGAUAGAUAUGCAAUAUUAAUCAUAUAUAUGAGAAGUUAUAAAUCCAGAGUGGGAGGGAGAAAAGGAGAGAGAAUGUGUGAGUGAGAGAGAGAGGGAGAGGAGAAAAAUACAACCGGAGAUAAGAAUGGAAUGUGAGCUUUAUCUGGAAUUCUAUUUAUGGAUAUGUGUCAACUGUUACAUUUCUUUCAGAUAUUUCUUGUAUCAUGGUAAGGCAGCAUCGCCAAGUCUUUCCUCUAGCAUUUAAUAUUCAUGUUUCUUCUCUUCUCUGUGAACAUUAAUCAGCGAAAAUAACUUUCUCAGGCCUACUUUCUUAAUAAAAACCUCCUUGCAGGAAUGCCACGGAAGUUUAUCAGUCAGCCAGCGAAGAGAAUUAUAGUAUCCACCAAGGUAUGUAAAGUAGGGCCAUUGAAGUUUUAUUCGCCGGAGUUUGCCUUACUUAUCUCCUCCAAUUUUCGAUAUGAUCCUAUUCUUUUUGUUGGCAAGCAAGCAAACUUGGACGUAUUCACUUUGUAGUCCAAACUUUGAAUUGGAUUGAUCCAAAAUACACGAACAUAUAUUACUGCCAAUGACUAUUACUUUCUGCCCACUUCAUUUGCUGUCAAUGUAAACCCAAAAACCAGAUUACGUCUGAGCAGUCAUGUCACGGAAAUCACGUAUCGAUUGAUAAAAAUAGCAGUUCUAAUCGUGACCAUGAGCUCAUUCCAAUCAUUGUAGAUCGGCUGAAUUGGGCAUCCCAAAUACCUUACCAUUGGUAAUAUAUAAGAGAUCUACAUGUAAAACGUCCAAAAGACCUAUCUAUGUAGUCCGUGGCUAAAUAAAGUCGUGGCUUUGCAGUCCGCUCUCAUUAAAGACUUUAAAGCUGACUUGUUGAUUUAACAACCCUAUGUUUCAGUGAAAUUUAUAUUUCAGUAACUGCCGAACUAUGCAUUCCUAAUUAUUUCAAGCUACAUUUUUAAAUUUCAGGUAAAUAUUACUAAGACUUUGUUAUCUCACUGUUCAUAGGAAAUGCCAAGAAUGUUCUUCCACAGUGGAGGAGAGGCCAGACUCAUUGAAAGGGUUCUCAAGGUCAGAACGAAUGAUUAUGGACGCUAUGACCCAUCCCCUACAUUCGUUAAGCCUCCCUUCAAGCUCAUACCAAAUUAA